GGCUGCUGGCGGGCGGCGGGCAGCGGCGCGGAGCCUGACCGCACAGCUCCGCUUCGCGCCCGAGGAUGCUUGGGGGGCGAUGCCCGGCGACAGGGAGGACGAGAUCUGCCAGAAAGCGCUACAGCUGCUGGCCGAGCUGUGCUCCGUCGGGGCGGUGGAGAACGAGAAUUGCCGGGAUUUCAUCUACUACCUGCGGGACAGAGCCCGGCCCCGCCUCACCGACUCAGAUAUCUCAAUAAGCUUGCUUUCCUUAGUUGUCACAGCCUGUGGUCUUGCUCUGUUUGGUGUGUCCCUGUUCGUAUCCUGGAAGCUUUGCUGGAUUCCUUGGCGAGAGCGUGGCCUGCCAUUUGGGAACAAAGACAAACAAGAGUCCCUGAACUACACAGAUACGGAGACCAAUGACCAUGACUACAGCGAGGAUUAUCUUGGUCAGCCAACAACCUACCCAGAGUCCUCCAUGAAGAUCAGCCACACCUCGCCUGAUAUUCCAGUAGAUGCUCAGGCGGGGACAAAGGAGAACUGUGUACACAAUGCACGAAUGCAUCGUCAGGUCACUGAACCAACCUCUUCUGCUCGGCAUAAUUCCAUCCGAAGACAGCUCAACCUCUCCAACCCCGACUUCAACAUCCAGCAGGUUCAGAAACAGGAGCAACUGACUGGAAUUGGCCGCAUUAAGCCAGAGCUUUAUAAACAGAGAUCUGUGGACACAGAUGAUGGCCGGAGGAGUAAUAGCAAGGCAUGUGGAAAACUGAACUUUAUUCUAAAAUAUGACUGUGAUUUAGAGCAGCUGAUAGUGAAGAUACACAAGGCCAUCAACCUGCCAGCAAAGGACUUCUCUGGAACUUCAGAUCCAUAUGUGAAGAUAUAUCUACUUCCUGACAGGAAAACAAAACACCAGACUAAAGUGCACAGAAAGACCCUAAAUCCAGUAUUUGAUGAAGUUUUUUUAUUUACUGUUCCAUACAAUGAUCUGAACGCACGGAAACUCCAUUUCUCUGUCUAUGACUUUGACAGAUUCUCCAGGCAUGACUUGAUUGGCCAAGUGGUAGUGGAUAAUUUUUUAGAUUUGGCAGAUUUUCCCAGGGAAUGUAAUAUUUGGAAGGAUAUUGAAUAUGUCACCAAUGAUAAUGUGGAUCUUGGUGACCUGAUGUUUUCACUCUGCUACCUUCCAACAGCUGGUAGACUAACUAUUACAAUAAUAAAGGCGAGAAAUUUAAAGGCAAUGGAUAUCACCGGAGCAUCGGAUCCCUACGUGAAGGUUUCUUUAAUGUGUGAAGGAAGGCGACUAAAGAAAAGAAAAACUUCCACCAAGAGGAAUACCCUUAAUCCCGUUUACAAUGAAGCCAUAGUCUUUGACGUCCCUCCAGAAAACAUUGACCAAAUUAACUUGUCGAUAGCUGUUAUGGAUUAUGACCGUGUAGGUCACAAUGAGGUCAUUGGAGUAUGUCAAGUAGGCAACGAUGCAGAAAGUCUAGGUCGUGACCACUGGAAUGAAAUGCUCUCAUAUCCUCGGAAACCCAUUGCCCACUGGCAUCCUCUUGCAGAGGGCCCUAUUGAGCAGAAAUGUUAUGCAGGUCUUCUGCGCUUGGAUGGCUGCCGAAGAGGCUUCCUCACCCUUUUAACCUAUUCAGCAGAAAUUUGGCAUUCCUGUUGAACUCUUUCUUAGCCAUAUCCUCAGGGGCUAUUCCACAGAGUCCAGUGGGGAAUCAAGUGGGGGAGGGUGUCCAGCGCAUCCAGGCUGUGCAGAGAAAUAUAUACACAGCAUAUCAUUUUGGUUCCUGAAUCAGGAUUAGACUCAGCGAGAGCUUCUGGAACCUCUGUGGCCGCAACCAUAGGACCCUGAAUAUUGCUGAAUAGGACCCUCAGUCCUCUACUGUGUGAAGAGCUAUUGGUUUCAAGUAGUGCAAUGUUAUCCACUUGUAGCACUAGUUCUCCAGCUGACACUAUUGCUACUGAUAGAUUUUUUGUAUGGUCAUAAGCAUUACCCAAAUUCAAGUCAAAUGUUCUGUUCAUUAGAAUAACCCUGGUUUGACAAGCAACGUGAAAGCAAUGAAAACAACAGAUACUGGAACCAGCUUCAAAUAUGGUUCUUGUACAUGCAUGGGAAAAAAAGUGCAGUAUUGUAAACGUAAAGCUAUGUAAGCCAUUUUUUUCCCAAGAAUGAUUGUCAUCAGACAUUUAUUUUUUGAUGGCGAGUUGUAUCUUUCAUCUCCGUUAGUGUCUCCUUUCACCUUACCUGAAAACAAGACUAAUAAACUCCUUUCAGAAAUCCUGCAAAUGCUUCAAAGCUGUAAAAAAUUCUGUUGGGUGAGAACAAGAUACAUAGAGUGUUUGGAAUGACAGUGUGUCCUUUUAGAAAGAAGAUAAGCAUCUCUAUAGCAUGGAGACUGGGAGUCCUUGGCCUUUUUAGAUGGUUUUCCAGUCACUGCUUCUUUGUUGUGUUGGUAACACUGCAAAGGGUUCGAACAAUCUCACAGGUGGCUUUCUUCCAUCAUACACACAAGCACACACACACUCACGCACACACGCGCACACGUCAUUUUAAAAUGCUGCUCCAAAUCUAUAUUGCCUGUGAAGACUAUUAUUUGUAGUAGAACUAACAUUGACAGGGCUAUCUUCAAUAAUCGUACAUUGUAAAUGCUGAUGAAUUCUGACCAUUAAAAGAAAUAAAACACAAUCAAAGCACUAAAUUCUUUCACAAGAUGAAAUCUAGGUCCAGGAACAAUAGUCCCUGGGAUAAAUUUUGCUGAUUAUUUAUCCAUGCAUAGGGUUAACUCUUCCUUAAUUUUUUUGCUAGAGAGGCUUUGAAUCAAGUUUUUACAUCAAUACCUUUAUUGUAAAAGUGCAAAUGCAAAUUAUAUGUGUAUUAUACAAUCUAGUUGCCUGCUACACACUUACAGGUCGGUAGCCCUUGUCUUUAUAUAUGCUGUUCAGGAAAGUUCAUGCGUAUGAACACUGUUUUGCAUCUUGUAUGUGUUAAACGCUCACCAGCCAUUUUCAGUUUGUAACUGAGCUGACACAAACAUGAUUGUACAGAUUCAAGAAAAUAUUUGUAAUUGUUAUCUAAAAGUAAAAAAAAGUUCUAUAACUUGUUGUUUGAGGAUCUUCCAGAAAACCAGAAUUGUUAAUGGAUAAAAAUGCAGCUUAAAGUUUGCAGAAGAUAUUGGAUCUGUUGUAAAUGUGUAGCAUGGCUAUAAAGCAGAAGUCCUAGAAGUAUAGUUGUUGCCAAAAAAAAAAAAAAAUAAAAAUCUCAUGCUAUGAAGAAUAUAGCUAUCACCUGCAAGGACACUCCAGGCAAACUCAACAACUCUUCAAAGCCUGCCCAAGCAAAAUUUCAGAUUGGUAACUGGCCAUGUCCAGAGCAAAAAAUACAAAGUAGCCCUAGCAAAGGUAUUUCAAUGCACGCUCAAGUGAAGCCUUAUGUCAGCAGACCAGUGAUUUAAUACAAUGCUCAGAACUGUUCAUGCAUGAUCCUCACUUCAGGCAAAACUGUGCACUCUUUACUCAGGCACAUCUCCCAGGAGCCAGUGUGAGGAGAUAAGCACGAACAAAGAAGGAGGACCUUUUCCUUGUGAGCGGAGAUCUUUGAUUACCGGGAUAAAUCAGUAUAGAUGCAACCCCACCUGGGAUACAAAGCAGGCAACUGCAUGCUUUCCCACUGCAACUGCGAUUACCAGGGCAAUGUUACGAACAGUAGCUGCUGUGAGAAUGAAAAGACCUAUGCAGCCAGUUCAUUUUGUCUCCAUGGAACAGAAGAGAAAUCUUUCUAAGAUUUGCCUCUAGAGACUCAAAAGGGCAUCAACAGAAAAGUAGUGUUAUUAUAAUUGCUAAUGUUUUUUAUUUUAUUAUCGUACUCAGUUCAUUUAAUGCUCAAGGGGCUUGCACCAGGAGAACGAUUUUGAAAACAGUUUGAAACAUUUCUAUUACCAAGGAAAUUUUUUUAUUUUUUUUAAUUCUCCUAAUUCUUGCUCUCUGACUCAUGACUUCCAAGCUGUUACUCAGGCUAUGGCAUUAUUUUGUGCUUCAUAAAAAUAUCUGCGUUAUCAUAGCAGUGCAUAAAUGGAACAAUAGCUGUUUUCUGUGCUUAGGUACUUCACUCUUCAUCUACUCCUUAGACCUUCAAUACUGCCACAUUAUGGCUCUGAUGGUCCAGGCAACAGCAAUAUUGGAGGGAACAGAGCAUCUACUGACAGAAAACCAGUUGGAAACGUGGAGCUAGUUGUGAUCCCAGUACUGGUCACUCUUUUCUUUUCUGAACUAUAAUUCCCAGAGGUGAAUUAGUAGAACAGCUCAUAAGAAUCAUUCCAAACCUCCAACAUUCAUUUAUUACCUGUGAAGGCACAAUUAUGCUAUAUCACAAGUAACACUAAAAUAAAAAGGGAAAUCCCUUAGAAAUGCAUCUCAGCACAAUUUUAACCUCACUUUACUCAAUAACAGUAUUCUAUUAAACUCUUACUUUUAGUUUUCCAUAAGAAGACAUAAUUUCAGAUAGCUUUUAUGAAAAAAGAAGCGAAAGCUUUCCAAGAUACUGACACCGAGGCAGACUAUCAUGGGAAGCUGUAUGAAAUACCAGUGCUAAAACACUCACAAGCACAACUAUUCUGCAGCUGAAUGUUGAAAUUUCUUUAUUUUCACUUUAGUCACAAGACAUUUUUGCUCUUUUGUGUCAUUUUGCCCUGUAAAUAAUCCUGGCGAUACACCAACCACACAUGCAUCACAAUCUGCAGAAGCAGGGACUAACAGAACAGAAAGCAAGCAUGGAAAAAAUGACCCACCUCCCAGACUGUUCCUGCCACUCAAUACACCUCAGCUUUCUAUACCAGCCGAUACAUAAGAUAGCAAACGUAUUAUAUAGGGGGCCAAUGCAGCUACCGGUAGCGGUACUGCUGGUUCAGACUGAAAUUAGACAACAGCAAAGGGCAACAGAAAAGAAUGAAAGGAAGGAUUAUUUUAGUCUAACCCAUCUUGGUUUGAGGGGUAGCUGGUAUGUUUUUUUUGCUUUUUAAACUCCAACCAUUAUACAAAGCUAUAUCAACACUUAGCACCUAAAGUCAGAAGUACAAGAGACAAAUUCAGUUUUAUCACCUGGCAAUGUUAGAGCAUUUAGGGGACUUAUUUGCCAUUAAAAAAUAAUAAUUUAAAAUUGCUACAAACUCUCUUUACUCUCUCCUAGUCUAAAAAAAAUAAACAAUAAAGGGAAAUGGAGAAAGAGGAUUGGAAAUUUGUUUGAAGAGUCUUUUUGACCCACUUAGAAAUCUAUCAUAUUAAAUUAUUGUUAAUGCAUUUUGGGAUUAUUUGAAUAGAAAGAAUUUAAAAAAGAAUCACGCGGUAGUUGACUCAGCAUGAAAUGUUAUCAAUCAAAUGUUUUCUUCCCUUUAGAACAAUGCAUUUAAAAAUGUUUACAUCUCAGUAUCAAGUGAGAAAACAGUGGUUCUCUUAUUCUAAAAGGAAAAAAGCAUGUAGAGAAAGCAAUCCACCACACUGCAGAAUUGAACAGAAACCUCUGUACUGAGGAAAACAGGAGCAGGACAGACUCUAUAACAACUUCACUUUGAUUCUUGCUGUAACUACUGCAAAGCCUUGAUUGCAACCAUAACUCUGUUCUGAAGUGACAGCCUUAUGUUUUGUGAACCAAGCUAUGCAAGGUGUGAAUUACCCUGUAAGAGCACAGCACGCUCAGAGCCGAGCUGCUUGUAGAGUCACCGUCUAAUAUAGCGAGUUGGGCAAGGAACUCCAGCUGGAAGUACUCCAGGGUCCUGAAAGGACCUCCACCUCCUUGAAGGUCUGUCUGUAAAACACACUAAUCCAGAUGGCAGAAACAGACACCAUUCAGGAAAGGUAUCACCAGGACAUACUCAACUGCUGACUGAGCACAGCAUACACAGCACUGAAGGGAAGGUGACAUGAGAACUUGUAAGCAUCUGGGUUGUUUGUUUUGUCUGGAUUUUCAGUUAGUCUUUCCACUGCUCUAACUUAGACAUUGUAAAACUGGAAUGUUUUACUCAGUUGCAUGCUGGCCAGCUGUCAUUUUUAAUACCCCUUGCAAAGGUGCGUGAAGAGAGCUGUGUUGUUUUGGUAUACUUUCAUUUUUAAUAACACAAACAUUGUACUAUAUUUUAUUAUUUCUUGUUCAAUAAAUAGUCUUGGUAUCUCUGUUUCAUGUCUAAUUUCGGAGAGCAGAGCCAUUCCCGUACCGUGGCUCUCUCAGCUAGGUGGGCCUUUUGUUUGUUUAGUAAAAAUAAUGCAUGAUUCCUUUUCGCAGUGAUGGUUGGAGGGACAAAAAAUUUCUUAAUUUUAUAAUAUGUACUACAAUCUUCUAAACAAGUAAAAAUGUACUGUGAUCUAUUUAUAUAAAUCUAGUCUGAACAAGUAAUUUUGAUCUUAAUAAAAACUCUGUAAGAAAUUG